UUUAGUCAAAAUUUACCUAUAUAAAUACGUUUUUUACUUGGGAUUCUUCAAUAACAAACAUGACUCAAUACGUUUUUUCUUCGUCACCGUAAACAAAAUACUUAUUUUUGCCAAGCUACUUCGAUGGUUAGUCAACCGUGACCAUAUUUCAUCACUUAUUUUUUCGUUCUCCAUGUGUUGUCUUUCAUAGCAACAUCAUUAAAAACUAAAUAGAGAGAAAAAACAUUUCGAAAGGAAGUAGACACCUAUAGAAAGAAUCGGUUUUGAUCAUUACUGUUCAUGAAAAAGCCCUUGAAAUUUGGCAACAAUCACUUCCACCCAAUCAUCCUGAUUUAGCUCAGUCCUACAACAACACUGGUACUGUGUAUAGAGACAUGGGUAAUUAUCCGGAAGCACUUUCUUAUCAUGAAAAAGCCCUUGAAAUUCAAAAACAAUCACUUCCGCCCAAUCAUCCUAAUUUGGCUGCUUCCUACAACAACAUUGGUAUAGUGUAUGAUAGCAUGGGUAAUUAUCCAAAAGCACUUUCAUCUCAUGAAAAAGCUCUUGAAAUCAAACAACAAUCACUUCCUCCCAAUCAUCCUGAUUUGGCUUCUUCCUAUAACAACAUUGGUUUAGUAUAUGAAAACAUGGGUAACUACUCAAAAGCCCGUACAUUUUAUGAACGGGCUAUACAAAUUGGAGAACAAUCAUUACCUUCAAAUCAUCCAACUGUGCAAAAACGAAGAAAUAACCUAGAACGUGUUAGAGCCCUGCGGUUCCUAAAAUUACCCGAAUCCGAACCGGAACCGACGGUUUCGGUCCGGUUCCGGAUAGCAGAAAUUGAAAAACUCCGGUUCCGGUUCGGUUCCUAA